CCUCCUCCAGGGAGGUCUACAUGCAAACCACCCCCAAGCUGAUCGUCAACGGAACGAACUUCAACACCAAGAUCACGGAGCUGUACUUCGACCCCCCUCUUCAGGAGGGCGUCGUCAUCCAGAAGGUCUUGUCGCCAACCCAGAUCGCCAUCACCAAGAAGUUCAGUUACGACGACCCUCCCGUCUGGGCCGACGAGCCCGGACCGCUCAAGAUCGUGGCGAUCAACACGGGCGGCGGUCGGCUCUCUCUCAACCCUGCCGACGGGGGCGUCAUCAUCGCCGAGGUGCAAGCGGACCUUGACCACCAUGGCGUGACCGUGCAGGGCCACGAGAGCCUGGACAUCUACCAGUCGACCAAGACCUUUCAUAUUUCGGGAAGCGGGUUCGUUGACGGCACUAAGGUGCGUUUCGCCAACGCUCUCAGGGGUGGAGGAACCAACUUCACCAUCACCGACUCGCAGCCCGAACUGCUCACUCUCGAGCUGACGGAGGGAAGCAAGUGGCGCAAGGUGCGUUUCGCCAACGCUCUCAGGGGUGGAGGAACCAACUUCACCAUCACCGACUCGCAGCCCGAACUGCUCACUCUCGAGCUGACGGAGGGAAGCAAGUGGCGCAAGAACCCCAGCGCUCUGCCCGGAGUCCUCGUGCUACUGGCCGCCGAUUCGGGCGACGGCUGGGUGCCUCUCGGUCCUACCCAAGCCAAGGCCGGGUCGAAGGUUGCCACCGUUUUCGAGGACCCCAGCGUUGAGGCUUCCGACGUCGAGAUCUACCGCACCCACACGCACGAGCUGCAGAUCAGGGGCACCGGACUCCUCAAGCNAGGGGACCCCAGCGUUGAGACUUCCGACGUCGAGAUCUACCGCACCCACACGCACGAGCUGCAGAUCAGGGGCACCGGGUUCAACAAGGUGUUCCGCCCCGUGCUUGACUUCGAACCUGUGCUAGACUCCUCAAGCGUCUACGUAGAGGUGGUCAACCGCACGAUGAUCACGCUGAGUCUGUCCACCACCUCUGCUCAGUGGACCGCUGAGGAGAACGUCGGUGACCUGACCAUCAAGGGAAUGGACACCGGUGCCGGGAUGGUGAAGUUCGACUCUCCGGUGACGGUGGCCAAGGUUGUCUCGGACUCGGACGUGCACGAGAGCGGUGUUCAGUCCUCUCAAGCACCGCUCCAGAUCCUAGGCAGUGGUUUCAAGGGUGACCCCGUGCUCAACUUCGACCCGCCCAUCUGGGCCCCCGACAACUACACCGUUACCGUGGUAUCCGAGGCUGAGCUCAAGCUCGAACUCGCGGACGGUUCCCUGUGGAGCAAGUACGGGGGUACUCUGAUGGUGAAGGGCAUCAACGUCGGCGAUGGCGAGGUGACGAGAAGAACCGUUAGCGUAGCACCUUUUGUGCGAUCACCGUUCUACGCGUCCUCCCUGCAGCACGCACAGCAUUCCGUUGCUAGCAUUUGCGUCUUCUACAUUCCAUUUAUUGAGCUCGGCGGUGGUAAGGGCGUGAAGGUCGCCACCAUCCUCGAAGACCCCACCAUCACCGAAGGCGAGAUGCACAUCUACGCGACCCACACCAAGCACUUCCCCGUCCACGGAACCGGCUUGCUGUCUGUCCUGGACCCCAGCAGGCCGCCUACCAUCGUCAUCGACGGCAUCUCUUCCUCCAACUACAAGAUCCAGGACUGCGGCCCCUGGGGGGACGGCAACUCGAACUUCACCUUGACAACGUUCUACCAAUCCAGCUCGUGGUUUGACGAUGACGACUGGGAGAUGCUGUGGAACGACGACGGUGUCUUGUACGGACAGGAGAUGAACGCGCAGGCACCGUACAAGAGGGACUGGAAUGACCACGAAGUGCUCCACAAGAAUGCCACAACAAUGAAGGGUAUCAGUUCAUGGGAAAGAAAUAACAAGACCANAAUCCCCGGCAUCGACUUCCACCACUCAUCCUCAGCGUGCCCGUCUGCAGCAUCUAUCAGGACGAUGAUUGCCGUAGCCACUGAAAAGGGCAAGAAGCUCUCUCACUGGGAUGUGAAGCAUGCGUACAUCCACGCUAAGCUAAAAGAAGAAAUACCUCAAGUUCCCGGAAGGCUGUGGGUUGACCCGUUUGUCUUCCGGAAGGUGGUGGAAGGAGAGGUCGUAGGUCUCAUCGUGAUCUACGUUGAUGACAUCUUAGUGGCGGCAGACGAGGGAGCGCGAGAGGAGUUGUUCGCUUCCCUCAACAAGAAGUUUCCAGCGAAAAAUCUGGGGGAGUGUACCUGGUACGACGGGCGUGCUAUCGCCAUGGAUGUAGAAAUUGUCAACACCAAGCUGUCCCAGACAGCAUACAUUGAGAGUAUGCUGAAGCGGUUUGAUGUGACCACGACCGCUUUCACCCCUGCUGCCACCGAUGCCGACCUAGGGCCGAAGAGAGAUGACGAGCCCGCGGAGGCCCCCGGCGCGGGAACUAUUUUUGUGGACGUGCUUUGGGCGAUGGUGGUGCUGGUGGGCUGUUCGAUGUCUCUCGGGGGGUGCAUGGUCGCGUACCGGCACUUCAAGGCGGGGGGCGGGGGCGCGCCCAUGUACCUCCCUGUUCAGGCAGCGGAGGAGGUGGAGCUGUCGAGGCGUGCGGGGGGAGUCGAACAAACUCCCGAUGUGGUUCGCAUUGGGUAGAGUGAUUUCGUCGCCUGGAUCGGCAUGAAC